AUGUCAUCGUUGAAAAUCGGAGACUGGCCCUCUCGUGCGGUCGAGGUUAUCCAGUCGCAGCUUCCACUGAUAUCCGCCUUGUAUUACUUUGUCGCGUCUAGCAUUAGAGUUGCAUUAGUGAAGGGCAGCCAACAGAACACACUGUCAUCAUCCUUGCAAAAUGGCAUUAUCUGCUUGAUGGCGAUCGUUCUGGUCGGCUACGGCGCCGAUGCAGUUUUACUUCUCUACGCAACCUUCAGCCAAGAACAGCAUCUUCUUGAGGAUCGUCUUGUGUUUGCCCUCUGGUCGCUUCUCCUAUGGACUACAUUACUCUGUGGACUCACAAGUAGUGGCCAUGCUCGAUCGCUUGGCUUUCCACAUUGGGGAUGCUGGGUGUUAUACACAGCAGGAGAAGGUGUGCUCCUUUUUUGCCAUUGGGCAUCUCGUCCUCGCCUCAACAGUGGCUACCUAGCUCUUCAACUACUUCGAAUAGUAACGUUGGUCAUACUCUGCGGGUUAGCAGCCCUUCAGAGCUGUUUAGCCAAAAUUAUAUGGAAUAACCGGUGUUGCAGAGGUGAAGCUGCUCGCCCUUUGCUACAACGGCUUCAUGCCAGGUACAACAACGGGUAUUCAACAAUUACCAAUGACAGUGGCAGCAACUCUACGAACGAAUCCGAUGAUACCCAUGCACCGAAAGAGGUUCAUUGUUCUCCGGGGGCCGCCGAAACGCUGAGGGGAAUCAUUCCAUUCGUUUGGCCCACAGGAAAGAUCCGACUGCAGGUUUUCUACGUCGGUGUUGGUCUUUGCCUGCUUACAAGCCGUUUAUUCAACGUACUUAUUCCGAUGCAGCUCGGCGAAAUCACAGACAUUUUGAAGACAGGCCACGUUUUCCCUUGGAAAAAUAUAGUCUACUAUGCCUCUCUGCGACUUCUUAAUUCCUACGGGGGUGUGGGCGCUUUACAAACGUGCAUGUGGCUACCACUAGAAAAUGAAUCUUACGAAAAGGUAGCAACAACAGCAUUCAAUAAGGUCAUGGACCUUUCUUGUGAUUUUCAUGUGUCCAAAGAGUCAGGGAAAGUUUACGAUACCGUUUUUCGUGCGACAGGAGUUCACCAUGUGAUACAAUCCCUGCUAUUCCAAAUUUUCCCGAUGGUCACGGACCUUUGCCUUGCUAUUACUAUUCUUCACGUCAUGUUCGGCCCAUAUAUGGGCUUGAUUACCGCCUCAAUAACUGUGCUAUUUGUGUGGUCAUCAGGGAAGAACCUCUCGGCACAGCGAGAAAUACGUCAGGAAUAUAUAGCGGCCAGGCAGAAGGACGUGAAUAUUCUGUUCGAAUCAACCACUAAUUGGCAGACGGCUACAUACUUCAACAAAAUUCCAUACGAAAAGGAUCGUUAUUCGUGCGCGGUCAAUCAUCAUGUGAAAGUAGAUACAACGUACAAGUCCUCAUUCCAAGUGAUGAGGAUGAUGCAAUCGUUUGUCCUCGCUCUUGGACUGCUUGGCGCUUGCUUUCUCGUAGCCUACCAGAUUUCAGUGGGCAAAAAGGAAGUUGGAAGUUUUGUCAUGUCGAUUGGGUACUGGUCGCAACUCUCUAACCCACUCCAGUUCUUUGUAAAUGGCUUCUCAUCUGUCACUAUCAAUCUGGUAGAUGUUGAGAAUUUCAUUGCGCUUCUGAACACAAAGCCCUCCAUCAAAGAAAAGCCUGACGCGAGACAAUUAACAGUUCAGUACGGUGUCCUCCGGUUUGAUGAUGUCAGAUUCUCCUAUAAUAGCCAACAAAAAGUUCUCAAGGGCGUUUCUUUCGAAACCCGUCCAGGGCAGACAUUGGCACUUGUAGGGGCAACUGGAAGCGGCAAAACUACAAUUUUGAAGCUUCUGUUUCGUCUUUACGAUGCAAGUCAAGGCACAAUUGAGAUUGACGGGCAAAACAUCAGAGAUGUCACACUCCAGAGUCUCCGAGGCAACAUAGGUGUCGUUCCUCAGGACCCGGCAUUGUUCAAUGACACGAUUUUGAACAAUAUAAGAUAUGCGAAACUGUCGGCUACAGACGAGGAAAUUCACGACGCAUGCAGAGCGGUGAACCUCCACGAUCAAUUUACCGCUCUUCCGAAUGGCUAUCAGACAAUGGUGGGCGAGCGAGGUGUCAUACUAUCUGGAGGAGAACUUCAACGUGUUGCCAUAGCUCGGGUUAUCGUUCAGAAUCCUCAAAUCAUACUUCUGGACGAAGCAACAAGUUCUGUGGAUACUGUGACUGAAGCACAUAUCCAAAAGAGUCUGAGUCGAGUUGCUGUUGGAAGGACCAUGGUUAUUGUCGCUCAUCGCCUAUCGACUGUUGCCAAAGCGGACUGUAUACUGGCUCUCAAAGAUGGGAAAAUCAUUGAGCAAGGUGCCCACCAAGAGCUCGUCAACGCUGGAGGAUACUACAGCCAACUGUGGAAGCAGCAAUUGCUUGACGAACAUGCCAAUGUGGCCAAAGGAACAGACAAAUCUCUUUUAAAACCAGAGGCUCCAGAGUUCAUUCCUCAACAGGCCGCCGAGUGA